AUGGACCACUCGCCUCCGGAACGCUCGUCUACGUUGCCCCCUAUGCAGCGACGAGAAUCAUUCCAACGGCGCGAGCGCGUCAACCGACCACGCAAAUCCUCAAUCACACAGAACAGUCGCAAACCCAAGCAUGAGAAGGCGAAGUCAAAAGACUUCGGUAGGAGGCUGAGUAUCGAAGGCAGGAAAGCUUUCUCAGCGGAGCCACCUACAUUAGUCGCAGCAGCAGCAAAGAAGCAGAGAUGGGACGAGCUCGUGGAAGCUGCGGCGUCGGCCACAGAAGCCGACUCGGAUCGUGACAUCACCCCCGUAAGCAAGAUACCGGGGCGUAUCAUUCUGAAGACCUACACUGACAAUGCCGGACAGAUGCCCCAGUCUCCCUCCUCCGUGAAGCGGGCCUCUCUACCUCCACUACACCCUCCAUUCACCAACAAUCAGUCAUUCGCCAACAACCAAUCAUACAAAUCCUCUCCGCUCACACGCACACUGACGCCUCCCCAGAAUCACUCGCUCUCAGGGCCGCCUCCAUUUGCUACUAUAGUCGAGACUGGCCUAUCUCUCGAUCAGAAUCGGGGCAUGCACAGCGCCCACACAUCUUCCGCUUCCGGUCGUAAUUUCCACAUUCCCUCAUCCGGUCUAUCCUCCUCCGAUACUACAUCACCCAUCUACUAUGACUCCCAGCGAGUCACCUCCGACAGCCAAUCCUCGAACAACGGGUCCACGCAGGUCCAGAUAUUUUGCGCGAAUUGCAGGCGGCUGAGUGUAUUGAAAGACAGCUAUGCGUGUACCGAAUGUAUUAGCGGGUUCUGUACCGAUUGCCUUUACUACCUGAGCAGUGAUCCGAGGAGCGUAGAGCUUCAGCGCGGUGGAGCUGGUAUGGUGAGAGGGAGACCUUGUCCCAGGUGUGGGAUGAUGGGUGGAAGAUACAAGCCGUUCCAGCUGGAUAUUCGAUGA